AUGUCUCACGAGCUACCUCCAUGGGAGGAAACAAUCUUAAUCGCGGCCGCAAGUGGCCAAGCCGCGAUAGUCCAGGAAGAAUUGGAGAAGGGUGAAAAUGUGGAUCAUCGCGACAUGGAAUACAGACGAACGUGUCUAUUCUGGGCCGUGCAAAGGGGGCACCAAAGUGUCGUGCAGCUCCUUAUUGAGUGGCACGCCGAAAUUGACGCGCUAGAUGGCCACGGCCAGACACCCUUGCUGCAGGCGGUAGCGAGCGGGAAUGAGGUCUUGGUAGAGCAGCUAUUGAAAGCAGGCGCAAACUUCAAUAUCUUCAACUAUUCUGGUGAUGUGCCAUUGGUAUUGGCCGCCCGAAAAGGGUUUGCUCCGAUCGUUAAAUCCCUGCUGGAGGCCGGUGCAAAUCCUGAUUUCCAAGACUGGCGUUAUGGUCGGACCGCAUUAUCGUAUGCAGCGAGAAAAGGACAUGAGGGGAUUGUGGAAUUGUUGCUUGAUAGUAAUGCCGCGGUUGAUUUGGAGGGUGAAUGUCAUCGAAGUCCCAUUGCUUGGGCUGCGAUGGAGGGCCAUGCCAAUGUGGUCAAGCAGCUAUUGGCGAGGAAUGCCAAUACAGAGGCAAAAAAGGAUGGAGAUGAAACACCAUUUUCUCUGGCGCUGGAAGGUGGUCAUGAUGCCAUUGUCAAGAUGUUGUCAGGAAAAUCGAUCCAGGAAAUCGAGCAUGAGCUGGCUUCUCGCCCUGCGUCCGUAAAACUUCUGAACCUGCGGAAACUCUUCAGAACUGUCAAUUCCGACUUUGAUCUUGAAAAUCCUAACGAUGGCGAGAUUCUCAUGUGGGCUCUCGAAAGUGACCGCCCAGAAGAUGUCGAAUUUCUCAUCCAGCAAGAUGCACACCUCAAUGUCCGCCACGAAAAUGGCAUGACUCCGCUUUCAUGGGCUGCACGACACGGUCUUCUGGACCUGGUGAACACAGUGCUUGGAUCAGAUGUCGAUCCAGACGUUGUGGACGAAUCCGGCCGAACUCCUCUCAUCGAAGCCGCAGAGAGUGGACAUACCGAGAUAGUCCGGAUCCUAUUAGCGAAAAACAUCAAUCUGGAACAAAAAGAUGAGUCCGACAUGACCCCUUUAUUAUGGGCAGCUUGUCUUGACCACGAAUCGACUGUGUCUCUACUUCUGGACACCGGAGCUGAUCCCAACUCUGAGGACAACAAUUCGCGAACUCCGAUUUCAUAUGCGGCUGAAAAUGAGAAUCCAUCGAUGAUCUCGCUGCUCUUGAAUAAAGGCGCAUCACCGGAUGAAUGCCAAGAGGAUUCGCCUUUGAUGUAUGCUAUCCGCGAGAGUAACGAAACUCUCGUAAAACUGCUGCUGGAGCGAAACGCAGACCCUUAUUCUGAAUUGUAUGAGGGCUGCAAAUAUCCACCUCUAGCAUUUGCAGCAAUGCGGGGGGAUGAGGCGAUGGUCAAUCUGCUCUUGGGGAGCAGUCCUGAAUCAAAUGAGUCCAAAAAAGACCAUAUCUGGAGGGCGUUAGUUGUCGCCUGUGAAGAGGGGGAGAUUGGCGUGGUCAAAGUCCUGCUUGACCAACAUCCUUUUGAGGGAAUAGAUGGUCCUCACGAUCCGGAUCCUUUGGAUAGCGCUGAGCUUAUGGGACAUGAUGAGAUUGUCGGUCUCUUGCGACCUUACUAUGAGAUCAAAUCACACGAUAUCGGUCUGAGCGAUUUGCGGAAGCAGACUGCAGAUCUGAAUCUGCAAGAAUGA